AAAGGAUGGGUUAGUUAGUAAGGUUAUUAUGUUAACAGUGGGAAGUGUAGUAUCAACAAUCAACUUCCUGGACCCCUAACAAAAGCAGAGGGGUUGUGCAGUGCUGCACUUAGAUGCUUUCAGGGUCUUCUGAGAUCUAACUUUUCAUGUGAACAUUUUCAAUACUUUUAAAACUUCUUUUGAAGCUGUUAAUCUUUGCUAGCCAGCGCCAGGCUUCCAGCUUCUUCGAUUAUCUGCAAGUGCAUCUGGCUGACCACACCCUCUCAUUCAUGCUGCGAUGUUGUAUGUGUUGAUAUUCUAGAAUGAGUCUGCAGAUUUUAAAUGCAGAAAAUGGAGAAAACGGAGGAAACAUCAAUGAUGAUCUAACAGCGGAAGACUCUGGCUUUUUCUUUGCACCACCAGAACCUACAGGGAGACCUUCCAUUCUACGCCUGUCCCAGAAAGAAAACUUGCCACCAAAAAGUGUGGCAAAAGCUAUGAAGGUAACCUUUCAAACUCCUCUAAGAGAUCCUCAGACUCGAAAAAUCUUAAGUCCUACUAUGACGGACAAACUCGAGACUACUUUCACGCUUGACGAUUGCAGUGAAGCCUUGGUGGACGAUCUUUUAUCUGCACCUGUCAGUGUUGACACAUGUCAACAAAAGACUGAAGCUGAAGCAAACGAUACAGUGAUAAAUACACAAAUGCCAGAGAAAGUCGGCACGGCUCCUUACCCAGAUGAUGAGAUGCCAGUGAAGAGUCGAGGUUCCUACAAUCUUGAUUUUGAUAACUUAAAUGACAUCAAUCCCUUUCAAAGUUCAGCGCAGUUGCAGCAUUCUCCUGGAAAUCUGCAAAAGUCUCCUGUAAGAGUAUCUAGCAGCCCUGAGAAAACUUCUGAAAAAAGUAAUGAUUCUUUUCUGGAUGAUACAGCUCCUUUUGCUUCAACCACAGCAAGUACAGAGCGCUCAAGUGAAGAGCAGAAGACUCUUUUCUCUGGAAAAGAAUCUGUAUUGAGAGAGCUGGAGUCUAACAAAUCGAAGCUGUCCCCUGAGCAAGCAAUCAGUGACUGUGUUCAGGAUGUGAAGUCUGCUUCCACAGAUGUGAGCCAAAUUGGUAAUUCAGUGGGAUUAGCAGAAGCACCUACACCUCCUGUACAGUUAUCUGGCAACUUAGGUCCCAGUAGUUCUGAUGUAACUAAUUCUUCUAAAACCAGGGAAUUGAAGCUUCAGAAUGUUUCAGUAGCAGAAGAAGCCUCUGUUGAAGGGUCAAAGCCUGCAGAAGAGCUGGCUAUCUCCAAAGGGGAACCUGCAGAAAAGCCUGGUGUCACCAAGGCUGGACCAGUAAAACUGGAAUUUGACUUUGAUAAUACCACUGCUAGAAAGCCACCUCCUAAGAAACUAGGUAAAAGAACUGGAAUUAAGCCACCUUCCAAAAAAAUCCCUAUUACCAAAACAAAAACAGAGAAUACUGAAGUGCAAAAUAAAAGUAAUGUGGAAGAUGAAAUCCCUGUUCCCAAAGCAUCUUAUAAGUUUGACUGGGAGAAACUUGAUGAUCCAAACUUUAAUCCGUUUGGAGGAGGCUCUAAAAUUUCUAGCUCACCCAAGUCUUCUAAACCUAGCCCUCAGAAAGCUCACCUGCAAGAGGAGCAGGAUAAUACCUCAUCAAGAAGGGAGCCUCUUCCGGUGGAGCAGGAUAACAGAGCAAGUACCUGUGAAACUCCUGAGAAGAGAGAACCCAGAAAUCUGGAAGCCAGCAAACAGAAUGUGGUAGACAAGUCAAGAACUCAAGAAGCUAAGCCAGGAGUUCAAGCAGAAGCUGAACUUCCAGGAGAGAUAGCCAUGGAGACGCAAAUGAGGCCAUCUAAAAUGUCUCCAGCUAAUGUCCCCUCUCAAGAUAAUUUGGUUUCUGCUGACAGUGGAAAAAAGUCAAUGUCUGCAGAAGAAAUUAAACCUAGUUCCCACAGAACUGAAAUAAUAGCAAAUGAGCAGACAGCUAGCACUGAACCUGAAGAGCUCUUCAGACCAUCAUCAGAAGUUCUAGGAAUGGGCAUAGAAAUAGACUAUCUUGAACAGUUUGGGACUUCAUCAUUCAAAGAGUCUGCCUUGAGGAAACAGUCGCUGUAUUUGAAGUUUGACCCUCUGUUGAGAGACAGUCCAAGAAAACCAAUUUCUGGUACUGUUGAAACGACUAUGAAUAUCAUGACAGCUCCACUUCAGUGUGGUCCUGUUGCUGAUGUAAGUAAAUUGCUUGAGGAAGCUGAAAAGCCUGCAGUGAAUCUUCAAAAUGAAGAGAAACCAAAAGGACUAGAUCUUCUCGGAACAUUUACAACUUCUGACACAGAUCCCCUAAUUCCAGACUCCCUGACUAGUGAUGUUCCUUUUGCUGCUUCCACAAACACUGCAGUGGAUGCUAUUAUAGAUGUGCUAAAAUACAGCCAAAAAGACAUGGAUGCAGCUAUUGAACUGGUUAAAAGAGAGGUUCAAGAGAAACAGUUGGAGACUGAGGAAUGGAAAAAGAAGUAUAAUAAGCUUCAUAUGGAAUACAAGGAAAUGGGAAAAAUAGUUGCUGAAUUUGAAGGUACAAUAACACAAAUGAUGGAGGAUGCUCAGAAGCAGAAGGAAUUUUCAAAGAGAGAAAUGCAGAGGGUGGUGGAAGAGAAGCAACAAGUUAUUUCAGAUCUGAACUCUAUGGAGAAAUCUUUCUCUGAACUCUUCAAACGACUUGAAAAACAGAAGGAAGUGCUAGAGGGUUACCACAAAAAUGAAGAAGCUCUGAAAAAAUGUGUUGAAGAAUACCUGGCUAGAAUUAAAAAAGAGGAGCAGAGAUAUCAGACGCUAAAGGCACAUGCUGAAGAAAAGCUGCAUCAAGCAAAUGAGGAAAUUGCCCAGGUGCGAAGCAAAGCUAAAUCAGAGACUGCAGCACUACAAGCCAGUCUCCGCAAAGAACAAAUGAGGAUCCAGUCUUUAGAAAAGAGCCUUGAACAAAAGACUAAAGAAAAUGAUGAACUAACGAAAAUCUGUGAUGACUUGAUCCUGAAGAUGGAAAAAAUUUGAUAGCUUAACUGUCUUGUAAAUAUGUCUAGUCUCUCUGACUUCCUGUCUUCUGUGUGUUCACUCACUUUUUUUAAUUAUGUAUGUUGGGAAAAAAUAAAACUCUUGAUUUGCA